AUGGCGGUCGCGGAGGCGGCUGCGGGGUGGUCGUCGUCGGCCGCGGGGGCGCUGGUCAUGCUCGUCCUCGUCGUCGUGCCCGUGCUCGCGCUGCUGGCGCGCCGGGCCCUGCGCCGCGCCGCGGCGCGCAGGGAGGAGGUGCGGCGCCUCGCGCGGCUCGCCGCCGAGGAGUCCGAGCUGGCCGAGCGCGAGUCCGUGCGCGCCUUCUACUCUGAGCUCUUCCCCGGCGUCGUGCACGCCGCCGAGGUGCCCCUGGCGCCCGUGUGGGCGCCGCAGCCCGUCGCUCCGCCCCCGCCGACGCGGCAGCAGGAGGAGGAGGAGGAGGUCGUACACGCGCCGGUGCCAGCGUCGGCGACGGCAGCGGGGGUCUGCGCGGUGUGCUUCAGGCCGACCACGUUCCGGUGCAAGCAGUGCAAGGCCGUCAAGUACUGUUCCUUCAAAUGCCAGAUAGCCCACUGGAGACAAGGUCACAAAGAUGAAUGCCAUCCACCAAGUGCUAACGCUAGGCCAGAUGAUGGAGCUGCAAUUUCUGUUGCAACAGAAGGAAUCGUUCAACAAAAGGGAGCAUCUGAAGAGAAUAUGGUGGCUGGUGUACAGCCGGUGUCUGAAAUCAGCGUACCUGUUGCUGUUGGGUCUGAAAGUUCUGGCACCAACCAUAUUGUGACGAGCUUAAAUGGUAAAAGGAAAGAUACACCUUUCGAAGAGGUAUCUGCUACCGCAGAGGUUCUGGAAAAUGGCAAUUCUGACAGUGUCGUUAAACUUUCUCAAAGUACCCCCGAAGUAGCAUCCUUUGACAGCAAACGGACAGAAUCAAACAUCAAACCUACAAACUUUGUUGAAAAUGGCUCCUACACGAAGAACUUGGAUGAGAUAUCAGUUCAUAAAUCUCAAGCUUCUGCACCGAAGAUGAGUGGCUUUAGCAGUUUCGUCCAUGAAGAUCUGUCAGUUCAUUCCAAGGAACAUGGUAGCACUCAGGAUGGUGAUGACAGCAAGGAUUGCUCUCGGGUCAAUCAUACUACAAAACCAGCAGAUAAGAGCAAUUCCCAAGCCGCUGUAACUGUUGUGCCAGCACCCAAAAGUUAUAGGACUUCUCUCCGUGUUGAAGUUGAACAGUGCAAAACAAAAGCUACUGGUACAACUACAAACAACGCUGAAAGCUCAAAAUUUGUGCCAUCUGUCUUGGCUGCUGAUAAAGUUACUUCCAUUCAAGGUGGCCGUUCUGUAACAUUUAACCCAUCAAAAAGGGCUGAUAAUCCAUCAGAUAGAGCAGGAUCAACAUCCAAUAGCCUUGCAACAUCUCUGAAGAAGAUUGUCAGGCAACAAACAGCACCAAAAGUUGUGAGGCAUUAUCCAUCAGAAUUGACACUUUUUCCAUAUGAUCUAUUCAUCAAGCUCUACGAAAAGGUUGAAUUGCACCCUUUUGGUCUUCAUAACCUUGGCAAUAGUUGCUACGCAAAUGCUGUUCUUCAGUGCUUGAUGUUUACUCGACCACUUACAUCAUAUCUUCUGGGAGGGCUUCAUUCAAAAAAUUGUUCCAAAAGAGAAUGGUGUUUUAUGUGUGAAUUUGAAAAACUUAUCGUGGAGGGCAAGCAGGGCAAGACCGCCUUGUCACCAACUGGGAUAUUAUCCCAUUUGCACGAGAUUGGAAGUAGCUUUGGCCCUGGUAAACAAGAAGAUGCUCACGAAUUCCUUCGGCACUCCAUUGAUGCUAUGCAAUCUGUAUGCAUGAAGGAAGCCAGAUCAGGUGGUGCUCAUCGUUUAGCUGAAGAGACCACACUAGUACAAUUAAUAUUUGGGGGUUAUCUGCGAUCUAAGAUAAAAUGCACAAGGUGCCAUGUUAGUUCUGAGCAAUAUGAGCGCAUGUUGGAUCUUACUGUUGAAAUAGAUGGAGACAUCAGUUCUCUUGAAGAAGCACUUCAGCGGUUUACAUCUACGGAGGUUAUGGAUGGAGAUAAUAGAUACCAAUGCAGCAGAUGCAAAUCCUAUGAGCGCGCAAAGAAGAAGUUGACAAUAUCAGAAGCUCCAAAUGUCCUGACCAUUGCAUUGAAAAGAUAUCAGUCUGGCAAGUUUGGGAAGAUAAGCAAAGCCAUCAGAUUCCCAGAAACCCUGAACUUAUCUUCUUACAUGAGCACACGGGAUGACAUUUCUCCUGUUUACAGCCUAUAUGGAGUGGUUGUCCAUCAUGAUGUUAUGAAUGCUGCCUUUUCUGGUCAUUAUGUUUGUUAUGUCAAGGACACUCAUGGGAAGUGGUACAAGACAGAUGACAGUCAGGUCAAACCUGUAUCUCUGGAAAAUGUCAUGUCGAAGUGUGCUUACAUGCUGCUCUAUGCAAGGUGUUCACCAAGGGCGCCAAGCUCUGUGCGACAAGCAAUGGUAGUUCAAGACCCAGCAUAUGCGAAGAAGGCCAAGCAUAAGCCAAACCUAGGACCUGCACCAUCGCAACGAGGAUCCUUGAACAGACACCCAAAUGGUCAGUUGCAUACAGAUCACAUGACAGAUAGCUUCACCCGUGGAUUUGACGAAUCUGGAGAGCCACCAUAUCCACCAGCGGAAUCUCCGAGUCCAAGUGAGAGUUCAUCGCUGUUCAGCAACUCGGAUGCGGGGUCACACAGCACCAUAAGCACCGAUAGCAGCGAAAGCACAAGAAAUUCGACCAGCACUGAUGAGUACGAACAGUACUUGUUUGGGACCUCAGAUCAAAUGUACCCGGGUGGCUCUACGGCAGCACAUGAGGAAAUGGACUAUCCAACCUAUUCCCGGUCGAGAUCUACCUUGGGCACCAGCUCAUCAGGCCGGGACGUGAGUAGUGCUGAUGGGUUUGCUGAGCAAAGGUUUGAGGGUACCAGAGGAGGGGGUUGGUUUGAUGGUGGUGGCAGCUCAUCCUUCUCGUACACUGACCGAAGUAAUCAACAUUCGAGUAGUAAGUUAACAGAACAAUAUAGGCAGUUAGGUGGUAGCGAGCAUGACCCUGGAGAAGCCAGGGGCAGUGUCUUGUCGAGAAGAUCGGCUAGGGAAAGGACCGCCCAAACAUUUUAUUGAUAUCGAGGGGUUUGGGUUGUAGAGAAACAACAAUGUAGCUCCUGUUAUUAUCUCGUUGCAAUGGAAAUAUGAAAAAAUGCCAGUUUGUAGAGA